AUGAAGCGUUCAUAUCUUUUCUUUGUUUUCAAUCUUUUCGUGAUCAUUGUCUCGUUUCUAGCAGAAGCCGAUAAUUUAGCUAAAUCGAACCGUGAUCGAGUUUAUGUUGUGUACAUGGGGAAGAGAAGUUCGCAAAAUGGUGAUCCGAGGAGCGAUCAUACUCAUAUUCUGAGCGAGCUCGAUACAAGGAAGAAAAAUUCAGUUGUGCACAUCUACAACAGGAGUUUUUUGGGAUUCGCGGCGCGUUUAUCAGAAAAAGAAGCAAAGUCGAUAUCUGAAAAACAAGGAGUGGUGUCUGUUUUUCCCGACCGACCUAAACUGCAGCUACACACUACUCGUUCUUGGGAUUUCUUGUGGCGGCUAAAUGCUUUCAAAAAUAAUAAUUCAACUCUUCCUGCAAGCCCUCCUUCUGUGACAAACCUGCCGGCAGGAGCUCACGAUUCUAUCAUUGGUGUGAUAGACGGAGGAAUUUGGCCCGAGCACCCUAGCUUUGAUGAUAAAUAUAUGGACUCGAUUCCACGACGUUGGAAGGGAGAAUGCAUGCCGGGGGAAAAUUCCACUUUUUUCUCGUGCAAUAGGAAAGUGAUAGGAGCACGAUAUUAUGACGAUACAGAGGAGCCGGGAUAUAUCACGACGGCGAGGGAUGAGGAUGGGCAUGGCACGCAUGUUUCAUCGACUGCAGCAGGUGUGCCGGUUUGUGGGGCUUCGUACUACGGGCUAGCCGAGGGGAUUGCAAGAGGAGGCUCCCCGAGUUCAAGACUCGCAGUGUAUCGUGCUUGUGGGUCAGACGGAUGCUUGCCGUCAGGCGUUCUCAAAGCAUUUGAUGAUGCAAUUGGCGAUGGGGUCGAUGUGAUAUCUGUAUCGGCGGGUUAUAAGUACAAUAGCUUUCUAGAAGAUGCUAUCGCCGUUGGAGCAUUUCAUGCCGUAGAGAGGGGGAUCACUGUGGUAUGCUCCGCUGGAAAUGGAGGCCCUGCUCCAGGGACACUUGUAAAUUUCGCUCCUUGGAUCUUAAGUGUAGGCGCAACCACUAUCGACCGUGUCUUUCAGGUCCGCGUUGUUUUGGGCGGAAAAAUGGUGAUCAAGGGUGGAGGCAUCAGCAUCUUGGAUCCAAAGAAAUGUGCAAAUAAAAUGUAUCCUCUAAUAGAUGGGCUCUCUGCAUCCAACACAACUAACACAUUUGAUGCACGUAAUUGUGUUCCAGGUUCAUUAGAUGAUGCCAAAGUAAAGGGAAAAAUUAUUCUAUGUGGAUCCAAGGGUCCAUCUCGACUCGAUGACAGGAUUAUCACAUUGAAGGAGCAAGGCGCAAUCGGGGUAAUAUUGAUCAACUAUGUUAUUGGGCAAGCGACACACUCAUAUGGAACUAUUCUAUUCGUUGUGGUUAAUCUAGAGGACGGAGCUCAAAUACAGUCUUAUAUCAACUCAACAUGCAAUCCCGUGGCAAAAAUCUUACCAACUGAUGCAGUACUGGAUUACAAGCCAGCUCCAGUUAUUCCAUUCUUCUCCGCAAGAGGCCCUACAGAGGGCAUCGGAAACCUUCUCAAGCCUGAUGUUACUGCACCAGGAGUAGGCAUAGUUGCAGCAUGGCCACCUUUAAACGAAACGGCUGAGUAUAUCCCGAGUAAGGGACCACCCAACUUCAACAUAUUGUCGGGCACAUCCAUGUCUUGCCCACACGUCUCUGGUCUAGCUGCACUCGUCAAGUCUUAUCACCCCAACUGGACCCCUUCUGCUAUCAAAUCAGCCAUAAUGACGACAGCAACCCAAACAAACAACAUACAUACUCCAAUUACAACGCAUGAUGGAUCAAGAGCUACCCCUUAUGACUUUGGAGCAGGGGAAAUAAACCCGUUUGCCUCAUUGAGUCCGGGUCUCGUCUAUAAAACAGAAACCAUCGACUACGUCCAAUUUCUAUGCAAUCUUGGCUACAAUGACUCCGCUAUUAAAGUUAUUGCAUCAACUGUUCCUCAUAACUUUCGUUGUCCUGACAACUCAAACUCGGAUUUGGUGUCCGACAUGAACUAUCCUUCUAUUGCGGUUUCCGGAUUAAAGGCAAACAGGAUGAGGACAGUGAAAAGAACCGUGACUAAUGUGGGUGAAUCAUAUUCAACCUACACGGCCACUGUGGAUGCUCCUCCUGGUGUGCAGGUUCAAGUGGUGCCAAACAAAUUGCAUUUCACCAAGAAUGUUGAAAAGCUAAGCUUCCGCAUCAUAUUUAGAGUCGUUAGUGAUCUUCACGAGCCUUCGUUUGGUUCAGUUUCGUGGUAUAAUUGGAGAUACACAGUUCGGAUUCCUUUUGUUGCAAGAAAUUGA